ACCACAAAACUUCAUUUCUUUCUCUCUUUUCCCUCUUAGUCAAAAGGUUUCAUCAUUCAUCUCUCGAGGUUAUUUAGAAAAGCAAAAUGGUGAAGAUUUGCUGCAUUGGUGCUAGAUAUGUUGGUGGUCCAACUAUGGAAGUCAUUGCACUUAAAUGUCCAUCCAUUGAAGUGGCUGUUGUCGACAUAUCUGUAUCCCGCAUCACAGCUCGGAACAGCGACCAGCUUCCAAUCUAUGAACCCGGUCUUGACAAUGUUGUAAAGCAAUGUCGUGGCAGGAAUCUCUUCUUCAGAACUGAUGUUGAAAAGCAUGUCUUUGAGGCUGACAUAGUGUUUGUCUCUGUUAACACCCCGACUAAAACUCAGGGUCUCGGUGCCGGCAAAGCAGCAGAUUUGACAUAUUGGGAGAGCGCGGCUCGCAUGAUUGCUGAUGUCUCAAAGUCUGACAAAAUUGUUGUGGAGAAAUCAACUGUUCCUGUCAAAUUUCUGCUUUCAAAACUUAAUAAAAUUAACUGUGAAAGAAUGCUAUAACUUAAAAUACUUAUG